UCCUUGGCUGCUUCCCAUCUCUCUCUCGCUGCCCACACACACCAUGUGUGCCCACAUUUCCCUAAAUAGGCCGCUCGCUCCCGCGCCGAUCCUCUCCUCCUCCCCCGCCCCCUGCCCCUCCUCACUCCCUAUCCACUCCUCCUAGCAGCGCCAGCGCCAGCGCGCCAGCAGCUGCCUCCCGGGCGGCGCGGAGCGGGAGCUUGCCGCACUGGUUACGGGGCCGGAGCGAGCCGGAGCUAGGAUGAUGGGCGCCAGGGCCAACGCCAGCGCCAACGCGGCCGACUGCGGGGAGUACGCGGAGCUCGACCCCACCGGCCGGUACGGAAGGUACAACGACGUCCUCGGCAAGGGCGCGUCCAAGACCGUGUACCGGGCGUUCGACGAGUACCAGGGGAUGGAGGUGGCGUGGAACCAGGUGAAGCUGUACGACUUCCUGCAGUGCCCCGACGACCUGGAGCGCCUCUACUGCGAGAUCCACCUCCUCAAGACGCUCAAGCACAAGAACAUCAUGAAGUUCUACACCUCCUGGGUCGACGUCUCUGCCCGCCACAUCAACUUCAUCACCGAGAUGUUCACCUCCGGCACCCUCCGCCAGUACAGGCAGAAGCACAGAAAGGUGAACAUAUGGGCGGUCAAGGACUGGUGCCGGCAGAUCCUCAGCGGCCUGCUGUACCUACACAGCCACAAUCCACCCAUCAUCCACCGGGACCUCAAGUGCGACAACAUCUUCGUCAAUGGUAACCAGGGCGAGGUCAAGAUCGGCGACCUCGGCCUCGCCGCCAUCCUCCGCAAGUCCCACGCUGUUCACUGCGUAGGUACGCCUGAGUUCAUGGCGCCGGAGGUGUACGCCGAGGAAUACAACGAGCUGGUGGACAUAUACUCCUUCGGGAUGUGCGUGCUUGAGAUGGUCACCUUUGAGUACCCGUAUAGCGAAUGCUCGUACCCGGUGCAGAUCUACAAGAGAGUGAUCUCUGGUACUAAGCCUGAAGCUUUGUACAAGGUGAAAGAUCCAAUGGUGAGGCAAUUUGUCGAGAAAUGCCUGACCACUGCUUCCGAGAGGCUCACGGCAAGAGAGCUGCUCAAUGACCCUUUCCUGCGCAUUGAUGGCAUGGCUCUGUGUCCCGGGGAUGGGGAUUACACCCUGUUGAACAAUUACCUUCGGCAGCCCUACCUAAGGCAUGCUUAUAGUAAUGGGUCCGUGAUGAGCAAUGGGUUCUCAGAAAGCAUUGACGAAGGUGCACCAACGGAGUUUGAAGAUGACGACACUAAAGCCGAUGGCAUUGAUCUGUUCAACGGCCACGAAGAUGAGCCUCUUGGCACUGUGGACAUCGCAAUCAAAGGGAGAAAAAGUGAGGAUGGAGGAAUCUUCCUCAGACUACGAAUCACUGAUGAUGAUGGCCGGGUACGCAACAUCUAUUUUCCAUUUGAUGUUGAGGCUGAUACUGCAUUAAGUGUGGCAACUGAGAUGAUAGGCGAGCUGGACAUAACUGACCAUGAGGUUACUCGUAUCGCUGAGAUGAUCGAUGGCGAGCUUAGUGCAUUGGUGCCAGACUGGAUGGCCGGUCCAGGCAUAGAGGAAGCUCCAGACGCUGCAUACUGCCAUAACUGUGGGUCCAAUGUGUCGUCAUGUGGUUCGCUUUUUGACUACAUGUCGUCGACUUCUCGUGGUUGCCGAUGCGCGGAACUGCAUGGAAGGUUUGAAGAGAUCACAUUCCAAGCUGCCGAUGAAGAGGAAUCUGGUUUGCAUGACUCAGGGGGCAGCUCUGAUGAUGGAGGCGCUCAAAAAGAGCAACAUGUCAAAGACAAGGAACCCAUACGCCUGAAUGGGUUCCCAAAGAUGGGUAGAAGAGGUCUUUCUGAUCGGCUUUGCUUCAGUUCUUUCCAGGAGCGGUCGUGCCCAACUGAGAAUUAUGAAAGCGAUCAUCAGUCAAAGGGGUUCGACAUAAAGCAUGAAGUGAAGAUGGCCAAGUACAAAGCACGGAAAAUGGCACACCUGAAGAGAGCUAUUCAUCCAUCUCUGGACUUCGACAACAACACCAAUGGAGCAAGUAGAACGAAGCCUACACUGAGCAAGUUGGAGUCUUUCCAUGUUGGUAAGCACCACAAUUUCCGUGUACCGACUUGCCAGCGAAGCCCUGGCACAGCAAUCAGCCCUGGCACAGCAAGCACCGAUCAGCAUCCAGGCAUGAGUAACCAAGUGUGUCCGAGCCCAGGAGCCCAAAGGGCCCUGUGCACCGAGAGCAGCCCGGACUGUAUGUUCACAGCCAGAAACUAUUAUAGUGGAGCUCAAUUGCCACCAAACCUCCCAAGAACAAAAUCUGUGCCCCUAAGCGCCAUCGACGCCUGAGAUGUUUUUCGCCGUGUAAAUUCUGCAGGGAACUGUACAUUCGUUUCGUUCUUUAUGUAUGCGAUAUGAAAGAUAGUCGGUAGGCAUGAGGCUGUAAUGUGGCUGUGGAUUAUGCCUGAGCUGUAAACUGUCUUCUGCCUUGCGGUAGGCUUGGGACUGAAAUGUGGCUGCGGAUUAUGCCUGAGCUGUAAACUCUCCUCUGCCUUGUGAAUCCAGAGGAUACCAUUCUA